UAAGACGUCCGCACCUCAUCGCAUUUACUCGAGUUCCUCACAGCACACAGAAGAUGAAGGUCGCGGCGGCUCUCUCCCUCCUGGUGGCGGUGCAGCUGGCUCAUGUACACCUGGCGGAGGCACAGUUUGAGUCGGAGGUGGAUGAGAUGGCGCCCUACGAGAUAAUUAAGAAAGGACAGGACUAUGAGGAGAGGUACUACCCCCCUGCAAGAUGGGUGUGCCACAGCAAGACAUCUAUGAGACCCACCAUGAGUAGAAUGUCCCAGUCCUUCUUCCCUCUCUUCUCUUACAUCACUGGUGCCAAUGACAGAGGCAGUAAGAUCCAAAUGACCGCGCCUGUCACCACCAUGAUGAGGCAGGAGCCCGCCACGAGCAGCUGGUGGAGCCAAAUGUGCUUCUACCUGCCCGAGGCCCACCAGGCAGACACCCCGAAUCCUGAGAACCCCGAGGUGUACCUGGAGGACCGCCCCGCCAUGAUUGUGUUUACCAGAACAACUGGAGGCUUCCUGACAAAGGCGGCGCAGUGGAAGUACCAGGCGACGCUAUUGAAGGAGUCUCUCUUGAAUGCUAAGGAGCCCGCGGACUUCUCUACCUACUACAUGGCUGGCUACGACUCUCCCAUGAAGUUUUUGAACAGAAGGAACGAGAUCUGGUAUAUGAAAAAGAUGUGAGGAUGUUAAGAUGUCAGGUUCUCUCAGUCCCUUCGUCUUACCUCCAAAAUAACUUCACCUUCACCUGUGUUUGUGUUGUUUUGUGUCUUGCUGGUUAAGUCAGUAAAGUUGUUUUUAGCUCAGAA